GCAUUUCCUCCUUUUUUUUUUUCUAAAAUUGCAAAAUUCUGGAUCUUCCGCUCCCGGAAGUCGUAGAAUCUCUUUGAGGACGGCUCGGGCUCGUCUAGGAGCUUCAUGUCUUCAUCAAAGGGUUUCACCGAAUAACGAAAUUUCUUCAUCUCUUGGUCCUCCGUUAUUAAUCUCUGCAGAACUUACUCGAAGUGAUACUCUUCCAUCCUUAAUUUUGAAUCAUUUGAUAUAAUUGAUUCGUAUUCUUCGACUUGAUAUUUUAACCGACAGCUUUUGAUCGAGCGUCGAUUGAAGAGAAAUGGUGGUCACCGAAGACGAAACCCCGCAACAAUCUGUUAAUUCAAGUGCUCCGGAAAAGGCUUCUACUGCUUCAGAUGAAGAAACAACGACGAGGGAAGCUGAAGGUUACCUAACAGCCAGUGAUGGUGAAGGUGAAGGAGAUGGAGAAGGCGAAGAACAAGCUGCACCUUCUAAAGAUGACUCUUAUGAAGAUGCAUUGACAGAUGAACAGUUGAAAGAGCAGAGAGCUUUGUCCCAAGCUGCUGAUGCAAAAGCUGAAGGCAAUAAACUUUUUGGAGCAGGACAGUAUGAAGAUGCAUUGUCACAAUAUGAACUUGCUUUACAGUUGGCUCCUGAGAUGCCCUCAUCUGUGGAAAUACGUUCCAUAUGUCAUGCAAAUCGUGCUAUAUGUUUCUUAAAACUGGGAAAAUACAAUGACACAAUUAAGGAAUGCACUAGAGCAUUGGAGUUGAAUCCUACAUACAUGAAAGCUCUAGUUAGAAGAGGAGAGGCACAUGAAAAGCUUGAAAACUAUGAAGAGGCUAUUUCAGACAUGAAAAAGAUAUUGGAAUCAGACCCUUCAAACAAACAAGCUAUUACAACCAUACGUAGGUUGGAGCCACUGGCAGUGGAAAAGCGGGAAAAGAUGAAGGAAGAGAUGAUUGGGAAGCUAAAAGAGAUGGGGAACUCCUUGUUAGGGCGCUUUGGGAUGAGCCUUGACAACUUCAAAUCUGUUAAAGAUCCCAACACUGGAUCCUACUCUAUCUCAUUCCAGCGUUAGUAUAACAUGUAAAAUCAUCUUAUCACAUUGCUUACUCGAGUGAAAAAAGUGAAGAGAAAUAUCUGGGAGAAAUUUUAUAUUAUUUCUUAACUCAAAAUUAGUCCUGUACAUGGGAGAAAUCAUCUUAUCACAUUGUCAGCAUGAGUGAAACAUUAUCUAUUGUGAGGCAUUAUAGCUGUCCUGUUGUCUCUGCCUAGAUUCUAUCA